CGCUCCCCAUGGCGGCGGCGGGGGCUGGCGGCGCGGGCGGCGGCGGCGCCUCGGCGGCGCUGGGCGACGGCGGCGCCAUCGACUACUCGGUGCACGAGGCGUGGAACGAGGCCACCAACGUGUACCUGCUGGUGGUGCUGGCCAGCCUCGCCCUCCUCGUCUACGCGCGGCGGAACAAGAGGAGGAUCAUGCGCAUCUUCACGCUGCCCCCGGCCGCCGAGACGCCGCCCGAGCCCAACUUCUACGACAGCAUGAAGAAAAUCCGCCUGCGGCAGCAGCUGGAGAUGUACUCCAUCGCAAGGAAGUAUGAACAGCAGCAGCAGCAGCAGCCACCAAAACAGGCUGAAAGCGUGCAGCUCUCAGUGGAAUGAAGCCCACAGUUCUGUAGGAACUCAGGACAUAUAUCCAGUGCUGAUUUUAAGAGUCAGUGUGGAGCUACUUUCAAUGUUUUUUUAUUGAUACAUACCUGAAGGCAAGGGGGAAAAGUAAGGGAACUGUCCCUAAAACUUUGUUCCUAGUAGCUUUUCUCUGAGCCCUUGUGAGGUAAAGUGGGUGCCCACUGGAACAUUCAGCAUGAAAGUACCCAGCACAGGGCAGCCCUGCUCAGAGGAACCUGAGGGUAGGGGAGUGCAGUCUUAGCAGUGUCUGAAAUCGUUUCUCUCUCUGCUGGCACCUUGGAAAUCAGCUCCUAACUUCUCUGGCAACAGCACCCUAGAGAAAGCAAGGCAGUACCUAUCUGCCUGGAAACCCUUGUGUUCCUUGAUCGUGAAUUGUUGAAUUUGCUGAAUACAGUCAGUAAGUGUGAAUGAAGGCACUGUGGCCCUACUGCCUGGUGAAGGUGAACAGCUUUGAGAGCCCAGUGUCGCUGGUGGUAGUGCAAAAAAGUUCUGUUCUCUGUUUAUUUGGGAGUUACUUAUGCAAUACUGUGAACCUUUCCUGGAGAAACUUUGAGAAGGACACAGUGAACUACACAUCUAGAAGACACUUAAAGCCACUACUUUAAUGUUAAUAGCAAAGGUGGUUAGCUUAAUUUAGUCGAAUUGCUGUAAAGAGUGGGUCUGUAUGUAAAAAUCUGUAUAAGCAGGUCACAGCUUAUCCAGAAGAGACUUCACACUGCAGUUAUUUUUUCUUUCUAGGUGAAUCUCAAAAUCAGUCAAUUGAAAGGAUUCUGCAGAAAUUAUUUUUUAAUAAAAGCAACUAAUCAUGAAAACUA